GAGAAAAACUGGAUUCUCUGUGAGAAAAAAAUCGGAUAAUUACAGCAAUUUGAACCAUCGGAUUUGAUUUGAAUGAAUGCUUUGACGAUAUGUGCGUUUGGGCGGCUUGGAAAAGCGAAAGCAGACAAAGUAAAGUGAGACGACGAUAGAAUCGGAACAAAGGCGUUACUCUUUUCUACUCUCUACUAAAUUUUCAAUUUGUCCAAAAAGAACUUUUUACGUUACUCUUUCGUAAAGAGACAGUCUUUGUCCGUAUAGAACAGGAAUUUAUUUUUUUUAAUCUUUUAUCCCCAAUUGAGUUGGCGAAGGUGAAGAUGACGAUGACGAUGACGAAGAGACGUGCAUAAAACCAGUUCUCUUUGGACGUCUUAAAGUUUAGCGAAAUGGGUUCGUUCGGGAUGCUUUCGAGGAGAGCCUUGGGGACCCAAAUGCCCGUCAUGGUUCAGAUCCGGAAACUCAUGGAGGAAUUGAAGAACCCCAUGUCUCUUGCUCAGGGAGUUGUGUAUUGGCAGCCUCCUGAACAAGCAUUAGAAAAGGUUAAAGAGCUUGUGUGGGAUCCUCUCGUUAGUUCUUAUGGACCCGACGAAGGUAUCCCAGAGUUGAGAGAAGCUCUGCAGAAGAAGUUGUGCGAAGAGAAUAAGCUACACAAAUCUGCUGUGAUGGUUACUGCAGGUGCCAAUCAGGCGUUUGUGAACCUCGUUCUCACGCUGUGUGACCCGGGUGAUUCGGUUGUCAUGUUCGAGCCGUACUACUUCAAUGCCUACAUGGCCUUCCAGAUGACUGGAGUUACCGACAUACUCAUCGGUCCCAACCACCCCGAAACUCUCUAUCCCGACGCAGACUGGUUAGAGAGGACAUUAUCUGAAUCUAAACCGACCCCGAAGGUUGUAACCGUUGUUAAUCCCGGUAAUCCGAGCGGGACCUAUGUCCCUGAACCCCUGCUUAAGAGGAUUUCGGAUAUAUGUAGCAACGCUGGUUGUUGGCUGAUCGUAGAUAACACAUACGAGUAUUUCAUGUAUGACGGUUUAAAACAUUCUUGCGUCGAGGGGAACCAUAUCGUCAACGUCUUCUCCUUCUCUAAAACCUAUGGCAUGAUGGGUUGGCGGCUCGGAUAUAUAGCGUACCCCGAGGAACUGGAAGACUUUGGAAAGCAGCUUCUGAAAGUUCAGGACAACAUCCCGAUAUGUGCAUCGAUAAUCUCUCAGAGGCUUGCGCUCUACGCGCUAGAGAUGGGGCCGGGGUGGGUGGAGGAACGGGUGAAGGGUCUGGUCAAGAACCGAGAGAUAGUACGAGAGGCCCUCGGGCCACUGGGAAAAGGUAACGUGAAGGGAGGAGAAGGGGCAAUAUACCUGUGGGCAAAGUUACCCGAGGGUUACACCGACGAUUUCAAGGUGGUCAAGUGGUUAGGGCACCGCCACGGAGUCGUGGUUAUCCCCGGGAGCGCAUGCGGGAGCCCCGGGCACCUUCGGGUGUCAUUCGGAGGGUUGCCCGAGGCAGCGACGAGAGCCGCCGCAGAGAGGUUGAGGAGAGGUUUGGAGGAGCUUGUUCUUCAUGGAAUGGUGGAGUGA